GACGAUCUCGGACUAGGAUCCGCCGCAACGCGUCACGUCACCCCGCUACGCUGCGUUUUAUUUCCGAACCGCUCGGAACAACGCGACGCUGCAUGCAACAACCCACCUCAGCACUCCACUCACCACCAUGUCUGACGAGCAACAACCCCCUACAACCACGGUCACGGACCCCCAACAACCACACUACAUCCAAUACGACGCCUCACAAGAAGAGCAAUACCUGCCCGCCAUCCGCCAACUAAUCUCAAAAGACCUCUCGGAACCAUACAGCAUCUACGUGUACAGAUAUUUCCUCUACCAAUGGGGUGAUUUAUGCUACAUGGCCCUCUCACCUCCCUCCACAACCCCACCCUCCCUCCUCGGCGUAAUAGUCUCAAAGCUCGAACCCCACCGCUCAGGCACAAACCGCGGCUACAUCGCCAUGCUAGCCGUGCAGUCCUCGCACCGCGGGCAAGGCAUCGCAACACAGCUCGUGCGCCUCGCCAUCGACGCGAUGAAAGCGCGCGACGCGGACGAGAUCGUGCUGGAGACUGAGGUCAGCAAUACGGCGAGUUUGAAGCUGUAUGAGAGGUUGGGGUUUAUACGGAGUAAGCGGCUGCAUCGGUAUUAUUUGAAUGGGAAUACGGCGUUUAGGUUGAUUCUGUAUUUGAAGGAGGGGGCUGCGUUGAAGAGGCCUGAGUAUGGUGGGGACAUGGGACAUGAGGGGGUUGUGGCUUGAGAGGUGGGAGUGGGAUGAGUGGUUGGAUGGUGGAUCCUCGCCAUCACUGCUUGUAGGCAAUAAUAAGGUAAUAAAGCCCUGCGGCCCCGUUAGGCAUUGGACUUCGCCUUAUGAGAUCGUGAGCAUACACACAGUGAUCUCGAAUGUAGCCAGCUAGAAGACGAGCACGUAAAGCGAGUAUCCAUUUUCUACGUAGAGCGUAAGGCCGCAAGUGAGCAGAAAGCAGACAUCUGCAGUCUCGACUAUGGUACAGACGGCAAGUCGAACUAUAGCCCACUGGCAAUCGUGCACCAGACCAACAAAACAUCUAGCUGGUGCCGAUAUAGCAAACCCAUCCUUGCUGAAGAAUUGC